AUGUCUGACAAACUUACUCGUAUUGCUAUUGUCAGCACUGACAAAAAAUGUCGUCAAGAAUGUAAAAAGUCCUGCCCCGUCGUCCGUACCGGAAAACUUUGCAUUGAAGUCACCCCCGAGUCCAAGAUUGCUUUCAUCUCCGAGCGCCUCUGUAUCGGUUGCGGUAUCUGCCCGAAGAAAUGCCCUUUCGGUGCCAUCCAUAUCAUCAACCUGCCGACCAACUUGGAAAGCCAGGUCACCCACCGUUACUCCGCCAACAGCUUUAAGCUUCACCGUCUUCCCAUGCCCCGUCCUGGUCAGGUUCUGGGUCUUGUUGGAACAAACGGUAUCGGAAAGAGUACAGCUUUGAAGAUUCUCUCUGGAAAGUUGAAGCCCAACCUUGGUCGCUAUGAUAACCCGCCGGACUGGGAGGAAAUCCUGAGAUAUUUCCGUGGUUCCGAGUUGCAGAACUACUUCACAAAGGUGCUGGAAGACGAUCUGAAGGCCGUCGUCAAGCCUCAGUACGUUGACCAGAUCCCACGGGCCGUGAGAGGCCCUACCAAGAAUGUCGGAGACCUCAUUAAGGCCCGCGCACAACUCGGCAACAUGGAGGAGACUCUCGACAACCUAGAACUCAGACAGGUUCAGAACCGUGACAUUGACCACCUUUCUGGUGGAGAGCUCCAGCGAUUCGCCAUUGGUCUUGUUUGCGUUCAGAAAGCUGAUGUCUACAUGUUCGACGAGCCGUCCUCCUACCUUGAUGUCAAGCAGCGUCUCGCCGCUGCCCGCUCUAUCCGUGACCUCCUGCGUCCUGAUGACUACGUCAUUGUCGUCGAGCACGAUUUGUCCGUUCUCGAUUAUCUUUCCGAUUUCAUUUGCGUGCUUUACGGUAAGCCUGCGGUUUACGGUGUCGUUACCCUGCCUUCUUCGGUGCGUGAAGGUAUCAACAUCUUCUUGGACGGACACAUCCCAACCGAGAACUUGCGAUUCCGUGAGGACUCUCUCACUUUCCGUCUCGCUGAAGCCGGAGACGACUUUGUCAUCGAUAAGAACCGUGCAUUCAAGUAUCCGAGCAUGGAGAAGACUCUUGGAAACUUCCACUUGAAGAUCGACGCCGGUGACUUCACUGAUUCUGAAAUCGUCGUCAUGAUGGGAGAGAACGGAACGGGAAAGACCACUUUCUGCAGAAUGCUUGCGGGUGCCGAGAAGCCUGACGGCAACGUCCAGAUCCCUCGCAUGAACAUUAGCAUGAAGCCUCAGAAGAUCACCCCCAAGUUUCAGGGAACCGUCCGCCAACUCUUCUUCAAGAAGAUCAAGGCUGCUUUCCUGUCGCCUCAGUUCCAGACUGACGUCUACAAGCCCCUCAAGAUUGAUGACUUCAUUGACCAGGAAGUUCAGAACCUGUCUGGUGGUGAAUUGCAGCGUGUCGCCAUUGUGUUGGCCCUCGGAAUGCCUGCCGACAUCUACCUCAUUGACGAGCCCAGUGCCUACCUCGACUCCGAGCAGCGUAUCGUAGCCGCCAAGGUCAUCAAGCGUUUCAUCAUGCACACCAAGAAGACCGCUUUCAUCGUCGAGCACGAUUUCAUCAUGGCUACCUAUCUUGCUGACCGCGUUAUUGUGUUCGAUGGUAAGCCGUCUGUCGACGCGCACGCGAACACUCCUGAGUCCCUGGUCACUGGAUGCAACAGCUUCUUGAGGAGCCUCGACGUCACCUUCCGUCGUGACCCCAACAGCUACCGCCCUCGUAUCAACAAGUACAACAGUCAAAUGGAUCAGGAGCAGAAGCUGGCUGGUAACUUCAAGAGAAAUGAAGAGGGCAUCCCAGAGAGACAUGAUCGCGUGCCCCACAGACGUGAUGGCCGCGACUCCUACCAGCGACACCAUCACCCUCGUCGCAGGCUCAGGAGAAUCCUUAGAAUAGGGGCGUUCUUCGGCGUUACCGAGGCAUCAGCGAGUCAGCCACAGCGACGUCCCCGGGGUGGUGUUGAGCUUUUUGACGAUGCGGAGGGAACGUCCGAGGAGGAUGACGAAGAGGGCGAGGACUCGGUGACAAGCAUAGGUUCAACUCGAAGCAGCAAGCGGCUCCUUAAUCAUCGGAACUAG